UGUGGGGGUGAGGGAGACCGCUGUAAGCUUAGAGAGACAGAGUUGCAGUGUCGGCUCCUUCAGAAAUGGGUGACACUGGAGGAGUGGCAGGGACGGGGCAGGAGGCAGAGGGCGAGGGGGAGCCGCCCCAAAAAAAACCCCCUGCAGCCCAGCAUCAGGGCUGUGAGGAGGAGGAGGAGGGGAAGCAGACAAAGGAAGAGUUACCUCCGCCAGCGAAGCAACCGAGGCUGGGUGAGGUGGCCGUGACCUUUGACCCCGAGUUACCCGUGGCACCUGCGGAGGAGACCGAUGGAGGGCGCGACCUCUCUCUGCUCAUCCAAGACCCAGAGUCACUUCAGCAACAUGAUCCUGAGGAGGGGGAGGGUGAGGAGAACAGGGAAGGGGAGCAGAAUGGAGAACAGGUGCCCAGAAUGGUGGACAGAGAAGAGGAAGAAGGGAGUCCCCAGGAAAGCCAGAGCCUGGGCCUAGAUUUCAGCAGAAAGCCCCAGAUGCUCACUGGUGCCUGGGCUGAGUACACCAGCUAUCCGGAGAACUACCUCAAGGGCUGCAAAUGGGCCCCUGAUGGCUCCUGUGUCCUGUCCAACAGUGCUGACAACAUUCUGCGUCUGUACAACCUCCCGCCAGAGCUCUACAGCAACGACUGGGACCUGCUCACUGAGAUGAGUCCGGUGCUGAGAAUGGCAGAAGGGGACACCAUUUAUGACUACUGCUGGUUCCCCAAGAUGAGCUCGCUGGACCCUGAUACCUGCUUCAUUGCCAGCAGUAGUCGUGAUAACCCAGUGCACAUCUGGGACGCCUUCUACGGUGACCUCCGGGCGACCUUUCGACCCUAUAACCACCUGGACGAGCUGACUGCAGCGCACUCCCUGUGUUUCUCUCCUGACGGCUCUCAGCUCUACUGUGGCUUUGAUAAGACGGUGAGAGUGUUUUACACAGACCGCCCCGGCCGCGACUGCGAGGAGAGACCCACCAUGGUGAAGAAGCAGGGUCAGAGCGGCAUCAUCUCCUGCAUAGCGUUCAGCCCGUGCCAGUCCCUGUACGCCUGCGGCUCGUACUCCCGCACCGCGGGGCUCUACUCCUGCCAGGACGGCACCCUGCUGGCUCUGCUGCCCCCCCGCCACCACGGGGGGGUCACACACCUGCUCUUCUCCCCCGACGGGCAGCGGCUCUACACCGGCGGACGCAAGGAUCCAGAGAUUCUGUGCUGGGACCUGCGGGAUCCUGGGCGGGUUCUCUUCAGCCUCAAACGGAGUGUAACGACUAACCAGCGCAUCUACUUUGACCUGGACGUGUCUGGACGCUACCUGCUGAGUGGAGACACUGAGGGGGUGGUGUCUGUGUGGGACACAUCCACAGCUCCCCCUGAUGGGAAGGAGGAGGUACUGCAGCCACAGCUCCAGUUCCAGGCUCACACGGACUGUGCCAAUGGCAUCAGUCUCCACCCCUACAUGUCCUUGCUGGUCACGUCCAGCGGUCAGCGGCAGUUCUGCUGGCCAGGUGACAGCGAAGGUGACUCCGACUCUGAUUCCAAUGGCAAUGCCAUGAUGUCACCACAGCAAGUCCGCCAUGACAAUGCCCUGGCCCUCUGGUGGGUGGGGCCACUGGGCGUGGCCUGCGAGGGGGGUCAGGAGGUGCAGCUGCCUCCGGCACAGGACUAGCUGAGCCCUCACGACCCCUUAACCCCCCCACACCCUGUGGUUUAAACCAAAACCUUUUUCAACUGCCAAUAUGAAGAGUUCCAGAAUGUCCACAGGGCACCCAAGAGACGCACCAAAUCGCGUUAGUCUUAACACAAAAGCCGCAGACUACUGAGGGCUUCUAAUACAGUUUUUUUUUUUUAUAUGAAAAAUACAUUUUUUGGUGUUCUUAGAUGAGGCAAAUCCCAGUCUCACCAAAACAAAAAGCUCAGGUCUGGAGAUGAGGCUAAAUUAAUUUGUGGAAUGUACAAUUUCCAGCUGAUUAUCGUUUGCAGACGUUUACCUCUCCUUUAUGGAGACUCUCUGACCCCGCCCCCUAUCUGACAGGCCUAGUGAAGUGCCAUUCUCGAGUAGGGUCAUGCGUUUGUAAGAAAAUUAUGUUCUUUUUUUACUGUCCCCUGUGCCAACGUGCUGUUGUAUACCGUGAUAAACGUAUAUUUUUGUAAGUCCUUGAUGAACUUUUGUCUGAAUGUGCUCAGUGCAUUGCCUGUAGA